CGCCAGCCCCGCCCAUUCCCGCACACGUGCGGGCCUCAAUAACGCAGCUGCGGUGCGCCGGUGUCUUUUUGCCAGGCCUCCAGUGUGGAUGCCCGCGCGCCCCCACCCUCUCGGUCAUGGCUGUCCCUAAAAGGAAGGCCCCGGGCGGCCAAGACAGCACGGCUUCCCCCGCGGGUACAGCCAAGCGGGCCCGCACCGAAGAGCUCACGGGCGUGCGCUUCAAGGCUCAGCUGAGGGACCCGCAGGGUGCUGGACAGGCCUUGGAAGCGUUUGUCUCUGCUGCCAAGGAACUACCACGAGAAGACGUGCACGACGUUGUAGAAGGGUACAUCAAGAUUUCUGUUGAGUGUGCAGAGCUUUUCCAGCUCCUGAGUGGGGAGAAGCGACCUGAAAGUGAGACACUAUUAAUAUUUCAAGUUUUUGAGGCCAUAUUAUUGCGGACAGCAAGUGAUCUUUCCCAUUUUCAUGUUGUGGGAACCAAUAUCGUGAAAAAGCUAGUGAAUAACCACAUGAAGCUCAUCUGUGAGUCCCUGUAUGCCUCGGGUUACAAGAUGGCUCGAGCCUGCCUGAACCUGAUGGCUGCCAUGGUGACCCAGGGUCCUGAGGCCGCCAGGGACGUCUGCAGCCAUUUUGAUUUGAAUAAAAAGACCUUGUACACCCUGGCGACCAAGAGAGAUUCAAAGGGAGUGCAUGACGUCCGGCUGGCCUACAUCCAGUUUGCUCUCUCCUUUUUGAUUGCCGGUGAUGACAGCACCAUAGUGCAGGUGCUGGAGUUGAAAGAAUUUAUUCCUUGCAUUUUUAGCUCAGGCAUAAAGGAAGAUAGGAUUUCUACCGUCAAUAUUUUGUUAUCCACACUGAAGACAAAGGUAGUUCACAAUAAAAAUAUCACAAAAACCCAGAAGGUGCGUUUCUUUACCGGGCAGCUACUGAACCAUAUAGCAUCUCUCUACAACUGGAAGGGGAUUGUUGACGUGGAGCUGGACAGUGCCAAGGCUUCUUCUGGAGACGCAGGGAAAGCCAUGGUGAGGGAGCUUGUUCAUAACUUCCUGAUGGAUCUCUGCUGUUCGCUCAAGCACGGGAUUAAUUUUUAUGAUGCAUCUUUGGGUACCUUUGGCAGAGGAGGAAACCUGACACUCCUGCACUUCCUGUUGGGUUUGAAAACUGCAGCAGAUGACGAGCUGGUGGCCGAACUUGUGGUGAACAUCCUCAAAGUGUGCCCGGACUUACUGAACAAGUAUUUCAAGGAAGUGACGUUUUCCUUUCUCCCAAGAGUGAAGGCCACAUGGUCAAAUAAUAUCAAGCUGCUAAACAAGAUCUACGAGGCCCAGCCGGACAUUUCCCGGGCGUUUCAGACCCGAGAGUUCAUCCCUCUGCCUCGGCUCCUGGCGAUGGUGAUGGUGACCACCGCGCCAUUGGUGUGCAACAAGACUAUGUUCACCCAAGCGUUGAACGUAAGUAAGCGGUUACCCGCUUCUAGAAGCUUUUCUGCUCACCCUGCCGGCGGUGCUAGGGGUUGUUCUGAGAACAUGAUUCUACCUGACCUGAACACCGUAGUGUGGGUCUGGCAGUCACUUAGAAAACAAGAGACGAAACAGGACGAUGAGAAAGGAAAGAAAAGGGGCAACCGGAGUCCCGCGGCCUGCGUGGCCCCCCACUGCGAUGAUGCAGAAACCAUUCUUCUGAAAGCCGCCCUUCUCCAGGUCAUCUGCCUCUACCAGAAGGUGGUCCCGCACGUGGUCACACAAUACAACUUUGACUUCAGCAAGCUCCUGAAAGGCGUCAUCUCAGAGCAGGGCCUUCGAGAGGAGGUGCCUCCCAUCCUGCAGCACCACAUUCUGAAGGUGGCCCUGGAACUGCCUGCCAGCAAGUUCUUGUGGUUAAAGGCACAGGAAAGCCCAGAGGCAGAAAUCAUUGGAGGAGAACGGUCUGUGUUUUACUUGCUGAUGAAAAUGUUUGUGACCAGUAGCCAUUCACAGCUUAAGUCGUCAACCAAACUUCUGAUCGUGAAGAUUCUGCGGGACACGGGGGUGUUUGAGCACACGUGGAAGGAGCUGGAGCUGUGGCUGGAGCACUUAGAUAACACUGCGGAAGAGAAAAGAGAGACCGUGAUCCAGUUUUUGGAACGUGUUUUAUUGACGUUGGUGGCAAAUCCCUAUUCGUACACAGACAAAGCAUCUGACUUUGUCCAAGAAGCAAGCACGCUGCAGGCCACCGUGACCAAGCAGGACGCUGAUGACGUCAGCAUCCCUGUCUCCCACAUCGACGACGUUCUUGACAUGGUGGAUAUCCUGGUGGACGGCACCGAAGGCCUGGGUGAGGAGAUUGGAUUCUUGCUGAAUGAAGACAUGGUCCUGCUCACAUUCCCCUUCAGCGCUGUGGUCCCCGCAGCCCUAGAAGCCAGGAAUAAGUUGCUCCUCGGGACAGAAAAGGAAGCAGGAGAAAGCGUGGUGACGUAUCUGACAGCAGUGCUGACGGACCUCCUGCACACUCAGAGAGACCCUCUGGCUCUGUGUCUUCUGCUCCAGGCUUAUGACAAGUUGGAGCUUCCGGUCCUGCCUUGCUGCCAUCAGCUGUCCCAGUUCAACAGAUACUACAGCCUCUGGAUCCCGGAGCCAGCCCGAGAGGCCUUGCCCCUUCAGACCCUGGGCAGUCCUGGCCCGCAUGGUCCCCCAACUGCUGCCUUCGGCGCCCUGCUGCAGACGGCCUACGAGAAGGAGGGCGCGCUCCUGGAUGAGGGUGUCCAGGCGCAGCUGCGGGCUGCCCUCCCGUGCCUCCCAAUGCCCCAGGUCCUGCGCGCAGUGAAGCACGUGCUGCUCUACCUGAGGGCCACCGUGGAGAACUUCGGCCAGCUGGGCAGAAGCGCGGGGCCACCCCUCCUGCAGCUCCACCUGGAUCUCCUCCGGCUCCUGGUCAUCCACUGUGAGCACCUGGAUGCCCAGAACCAGCAGAGAUGCGAGGCUGCGCAGGCCGAGUCCGACCUCUUUUUGGACAUGGAGUCCAUGGCCUCACUGGAGUUGGCCAAUGACAAGACGCUGGAGGAGGUGCUUGUGGCCAUCCUCAGACAUCCCACACUGGAGGGCUGGUACCUGGCCCUGGAGCAGCAGGCCCUUCCUCCGCACACCCUCAGCCCCGUCCUCGUGAAGCUCCUGGCGGCCCACCUCAGUGCAGGGGUCCUGCAGCUGCUGAUGGCAAGUGCCCCAAUUCUCCAGAGCAUUGGUCAGCUGGGCCUCUUGUCCAGGUACUUGGAGGCCAUCACCCAGAGCGUGUUGAGGGAGCUACAAAACAGGAAGGCGGGCCUGGCCACGUCAUCACCAAAGACUCUCCCGCAGCUGGAGGCCCUGCAGGGGCUGCACGCCUAUAUGGACGGUGCCCAGCUCCGCGAGGUCACCCUGGCCCUGCUGAGCCUGCCCAAGGCCCACCUGGUGUCAAACCGACCCAUGAGGUCCACAGGGAAGGAGAGAUGCUUGAACGCUCUUGGCAAGACCUUGGUCCAGCUGUUGACCAGCAGCCCCCAGGAUCAGCUGCCGAGCAGCGAGCUCUGGGCCUCUGAGUACGUGAAAGGCCUAGGGACUCUGCUCCCCACGUUGGCUGUGGACGAACUGGACAGCGUGUUCCUCCGCUCUCUGCAGAGAGAGCCUGUGCUGGCCUCUGUGGUCAAGGUCGACCUGCUCGACUACUGCCUGGCCCGGCGGACACAGGCAGCCCUGGGCAUCGCGGCCCUGAUCCUGCAGCAGAGCUGCACCCACUUGCUGCGGUUCGAGCUGUGGUGCGGGCAGGCCGGCGCGGGGCUCUGCCUGCAGGAGGGCCUCGACGACUUCCUGCCCCUCAUCCACGUGUACCUCCAGUGCAGGACUCGGGGCCCGUUCACUCGCCCAGUGAGAGUGUCCUCUGCUGUCAUUCCUGUUUUGAGGAGGGCCCUGUGGAGGCACCUGCAGACCAGGCUGCUGAGUGCCGAUGGGCCCCCCGAGCCUGGGCUGCAUCAGGAGAUCCUGGCCCAGCUGGUCCCGUUUGCAAGAGCCAAGGACCUCAGUGUCCUCAUGGACCGUUUGCCCAGCUUGCUUCAGACUCCAGACAGUCACAAGAGUUGGGUCGUGGCCGACUCUGUCUCGGCAGUGCUGGAAGGGUCGGCAGAAAAGCUGCGUGCCUGGAAAAAGACUCUGCUGGAGUCCUGUGUAAAGUGGCUGAUUGCGUCUUUCAGUCGUCAGCAAGACAGUGACAGCACCCAGGAGCAAGAGAGGCAAAUGCUGCUGAGAUUAAAUCAGCUGUUGAGUUCACUUAAUGAAGUCGAUCCUGGUGAUUGGCAGAAAUUUGUGAAGACUGGACUCAAAUAUCGGUAUCAGGACCAUGCAUUUUUGAAGGCGUUUCAUGCUGCCCUACAGCUCCUGUAUCUUCCAGAAAGCUCUGUGUGCGCGAAGCUCAUCCAGCUUCCAGUGGUCCACAUGAUGCUCACCCAGCACUCCCUGUUUCUGCCAACCCUCCUCAAGUCUGAGGACGAGGAAAACCCGGACAGUGCAGUGAAAGAAGCGCUGGUGGACCUGAUGUCAGUGGUGGUUAGGCUGUGCCCUUCUGUCUGUGAGAACGGCCACUUUGCAGUGCUCCUCGGGGCCUAUGGCGCCUCUCUCAGCGUCCUGGACCAGAAGAUUUUACUUCUCCUCCGGGCGUACGAACGGAACAGCAUCAGCCUCAUCGACUUCAGGGUGCUGAUGUGGGGCCCCGCGGCUGUGGAGCAUCACAAGACCUGCAGGAGCCUGGGCAAGUCGCUGUGGCAGCAGCCGAGCGUUGGGGACAUCCUUCGCCUGCUGGAUCGGGACCGGAUGAUGAGGACCAUCCUCCACUUCCCCCAGAACCGGAGGCUGCUUCCCCCUGAGGAUGCACAGGAACCCAUAUUUAAAGAUAAGAGCACAGCCGAUCUUGGUGACCUUUAUGACCCCUGCUUCCUUCUUCAUCUCUUCAGCGAAUUGACCAGGCCAGAAUUUGUGGUGGAUUGUCGAAAAUUUUUGGAUUCAAAUGCUCUGGGCCUGACCGUCGCGGCCCUCAGCAGCUAUGACCCUCAGAUGCGAGCCGUGGCCUACUCCGUCCUGGCGGCCUACUAUUCGCAUGUGGAGGGCGCCCGGUUCCGAGAGCGGUCCCAGGUACUUUACCUGUUGGAUGUAGUGCGCAAUGGGAUCCGAACCAGGAACAUGAGACUCACCUUUACUUUGUCUCUCUUCAUUGCCAAAGCAGCCCUGCAAAUGCUGAAACCAGAGGAGCACAUGUACCUGAAGAUCAACAAGUUCCUGCUGUCACACGAGUUUCUGAACAUGAGCAAGGUUCCGGGCUUCUACCAGUUCUUCUACAGCUCGGACUUCGAGCAAAACACCGAACGGGAAUGGAUCUUUGGAAUUCUGCGGCAGGGGAUUCGAGACAAGCACUGCUAUGAGCUCUAUGCCAGGCGAGGGGUUUUCCACAUCAUCCUUUCCUUCUUCAACACCCCGUUAUGUGACGAAGUGACACAGAAUUGGGUUCUGGAAAUCUUGCAGAAUGCCGCCCGGGAUGCCAAAUCUGCCUACGAGAUCCUGCGAGACUACAGCCUUCUAACGUGGAUCCUGCACAUCCUUGAGAGCAGGUUUCUGGAGACUCAGCUGCUCUCCAACAUAAUCUCCUUGCUGCACACCCUGUGGGUGACCAACUUGGGAGACAAAGGAGUGGAGGCGGGGAGCCGGCCUCCUUGCCAGCCUGGGGCCUCAGGGCCCCCGAAGCUGCUGGCCCUGCACUUGGUGGAUGAGUUCCUGUAUGUUCUCAUUGUGCUCACGAAGCACCUGAGGCCCACCUUGGCCUCCACCCAGCUGAUGAGCUUCUUUGGGGCGCUCGACUCUGUGCUGAGGUACCGGGCCACCGUCACACAGGCCUUCAAGGACAUGGACCGCUUCACCGUCAAUGAGAUGGUGCUGUCCACCACAGAUGUCCUCGUCCUCCUGCACAAGUGGAGCCUCCUCGAGAGGGACGUCAAGCUGCAGGAGGACCUGAGCACAGCCGUGGAGAAAUGCCAAGUCAGGGGGCUGCUGAAAAUGCUCAAGGAUAAGAACAAGCCUGUCAUGCCAGCCCGAGCCAAAGGCCCACGGGGCCGGAAGAGGAGGCCUGAGGUGGCAGAGGUGGUGGCCGACCCUGAGCUGCAGGCGUCCAGCUUGGAGGAGUGCAGAGGCCUCCUGAGGUCCAUACUGACCCACUGGGGGCCAGUAUUCCCCAGCCCUGAACCCGCUCAGGAGCCUGCAGAUGAGGCCACCCCCAGGAGCGAGGCGCCGGGCCCUGAGUACACUGUCACCUCCCUGGUGGUCCGCUGGGUGCUGCAGUCUGUGGCUGAGCACCCACUCAGCAGGGCAGAGGCCGCAGGACUCCUUAGCUGGCUUAAGAAGCACAUUUUGCCACAGACGGCAGUUGUGGCUGACCUUCUUAAGGACAGUGCCGUGAAGAGUAGCAUAUUUAAGCUGUACAGCCGGCUCUGUGGAGCCGAUGGGCCGGCGGGGCCCGAGCAGAGCGUGGCCUGCCUGUUCAACACCGUCAUGCUGCAGUUGGUAGCAGCCCAGGGCCCAGCGGGGACCCCCUUCCACCCUGCAGUCGAGGCCCUCUGCCUAUCCUUCCUGAACGAGGAGGACGGAGCCACACAAGGUAAUGCUGGUCUUAGGCCAGAGGUGGAGGCUAUGCCCAAGUGGGCUGGGCUGGGCUGGAGAGCACCCUCUGCUUGAGAUUAAGUGCUUGGGCCACCCCUCGCUGCAGCCCUGGGGUUUUGGAGCGUCUGCCUCUGAGCCUGAAUGAGGGAGAGGAAGCCUGUGCCUGUCCCUUUAGGCACAGCCAUUAGUGGUGGUCACGUGUGCAGUGGAGGACACUCAGCUCAACCUCCCAUCCCACCAGGGGCCCUGCCACUCACAGAGCAGUGGCUUUUCUAAAUUUCAGCCAUUUCCCAAAAGAAGAACUAUGUUUCACAUCGUGGCCUGAUGAAUGCGUGUGCACAGAUGUGUGUGUGUAUAGACACACACAUGUACAUAUGUACACACAAGCACACAGAUACACAGUUUAUGUGCUUGGCGUUUAGCAGGUGCUUAAAGGUUUGGGUGCACGAACGAAUGAAGAGCAGAGACUUU